GUACGGACGCACGAAGACCUGUUGGAAAGAGGAACAUCAUGUCAGGCGCGAGUCGGGGUAGUCUUUCACCAGCCAUCGAGCUUUGGUUUGGUCGCCUGAAGUGCCCAACGGCAGCUGACUUUGAUGCAACGAAGUUGUAUAUUUGGUACGAUUAUUUCUGUAUCCAGCAGGGCCGGAACACUUCUGCUGUUGCAGAUCGCCAGCUUGCGAUUAAGUCCAUUCCGUCUUACAUCUCCCAGUGCUUCUUCUUCCUGUUGGAAAGGGUUGCUCGGGACCUGACGCGCACGGAUGGCUACACCAUCUCUGUGGAGGUUGCCUCAAGGCCCGCCCUGGUUCGGCAACUGGGUGGGAUUAGCGCUGCUCCUGGAAAGGGAUCCUUCAGCUUUCAGGAAGACGAAGAGAAGAUGGGGCCAGUCAUCAGUAGAAUGAUCUGGAGCAAGCUGCACGCCUUCCUCAUCAAGCGCGAAUACCCGAAAUACAGAAUGAUGCUGAACCUCCAACAUCAAUACCUGGCAGGCACGGGGGUGGAUGCCACGUAUAAUGUCGUGCCGAAUUUUUCCACGGAGGUUGACCCCUUUACAGAUCCAGCUGGCUUUGUGGUAGCUAGGUUCCUGCAUGAUAAUGGCUUCAAGAAUAUCGAGGACCGGGACGAAGACGGGUGGUCCCCCAUGUGUUGUGCAGUUCUGAGAGAUGACACUUUUCUGGUGGAAUCGCUUUUGAAGAGCAGGGCGGAUGCCAAUGAGGUCGCGACCAAAGAGAAGAAGGAUGCCCACAUCAGCAAAAAGAGCUCGGUCCUUUCCAUCGCUUCCAUCUUCAGCAGCAACAAAGUCCUGUUCAGCUUCUGUCAGUGUACAACAACGCUGUUGCAGUAA